CGCAGCGCAAUAAACAAAUAGCGGGACUAUCGAUAUACUCAAAAUCCCGAUUCCAGCCGGCUAAAUUCCGGAAGCGUAGCCUCUCCUUGAAACGUCAAUAAAGGGCCGUUGCCAACCCGAUGGACAAGCGCGUCACGAUCCUGCUGCCCAACGGGCGGCGGCAGAAUGUGAGCGUGACGGCGAACAUGACGCUGCUGGAGAUCCUGGAGACGGCCUGCUCCAAGCACGGCUACGACGCGGAGGAGCACUGCCUCAAGUUCCACAACAAGGUGGUCGGCCUGACGCAGCAGUUCCGGUUCAGCGGCCUGCCCAACAACUGUGUCCUGGAGAUGGAGCAAGCGGAGAAGCGGCGCACCCUGAGCAAUGUGCUCGUCUGCGUCCAGCUGAGCGAUGGAUCCCGCCAGCAGGCCGACUUCUCGCCCAACGACACCGUUUGGCUGGUGGUCCAGAAGCUGUGCGAAACGCACGUCAAGGGUUACGAGAGCCCCGUCAUCAUCUACAUGCGCAGCGAGGUCAUUGGGCAUGACCAGAUGCGACAGACCACGCUGAAAUCCCUGGGCAUCCUGGAGGGUCGCGCCAUGAUGCGAUUGAUCGACAAGAAGCCCGAGGAGCUAAAGACCCAGGCCAAUGUCUACAAAGCUCCCGCUGCCAGGCCUCCGGUGGAUAACGACGAUCAGCCCAGCACCUCCCGCUCCGCAAUGGCAGCCGGUGGCAGCGGAGGAGGCGGUGGCUUUGCCCUCACCAGCAACAUGAUCAAGAACCUGAAGCGCACGGCGCCGGAAGAAAGUGAACCAGAAAAACCCUCGGAAAAAGCCAACCAAGAGCAGCAGCCACAGCCAGAGGCGCCCAAGUACGACUGGGGUAGUGGCUCCGGAUACUCAAUGCACCAUCCACCCGGGCGAAAACAGGAGGAGAACGAAGGCGAUGACAAUCCUGGGCGGCCACCGCCAGUGGUGAAUGUCAUUGGGCCACGUCAGGCGGUGCUCUUCUCCUUGGACGAGUCCAAGAAGAAUGCGGACGACCUGCCAGACUCGUUCUUCGACCUCACGGUCAACGAUCUAAAGAUGGUGCUCCGCGAAUUGAAGCGCACUUCGAGCGGAGAUGACGACGCCCCGCUGCUGACAGCCAAGUUAAGGGAACUGGAGCGUCAGAAGGCCAUGCUGGCCAAGCUUAAUCAGUACAAGGACUGUGUGCUGCGCAUCCAGUUUCCCGAUCGCUUUGUGCUCCAGGGCAUCUUCAAGCCGCACGAGCCCCUCUCCAAAGUGGAGGAGUUUGUACGCGAGUUUUUGACCCAGCCCGGCGAGCAGUUCCACUUGUUCACCAUCCCACCGAAGAAAGUGCUGCCCUCCAAUGAGACGCUCCUGGAGCUGAACUUUGUGCCCAAUGCCAUCGUGCACUUCGGCUUCCUCAAGGACUCGCUGAAUGCGGUGAGCAAUCGCUUCGUGAAGGAGGAGUAUGCGAAGCAGUUGACUUCCGAGGAGGGGGCGCACUACGUUGUGCAGAAAUACCGCCUCACCCGGGCAACGGCGGUGGAAACUAGCUAAUAGAUAUAUGGCUUUAAGCAAACAGUCUGCGCGACAUUAAAUGAAUUCACUCAA